AUGGCUGCCCAAGUAGCGACUAUCAACACGGCUCUCGAAGCCUUCCGCGAUGGUGACAAGACCAAGUUUCGGUCCAUGUUCUGGACGCCAUAUAAGCUGAUACUGACUGAUCAUCGGGCCAGCUCAGUGUUUGAUCUAUCCACUUUCAUGCUCGGGCCACUCAAGUCGUGGACCACACCAGAAAUACACAAAGAUGGCUACAUCAAGCAGUACAAGACCAUGGCCAAAUUCGAGCGAACAUACCAAGCCCUGACCUUCGGCAUCUGGGGCAACUCACUGAUGGGUCUAGGCAUCGGCAACGCGAUGGACCUGGGCCUAAUACCACCGUGGAAAGCCCCUUCAUACGUAGACAGCAGCUCCUUCACCGAACAAGACAUCACCAUUCGCCCCUCCUACUUCCAACCCGCCAUAGCCGGCACCCUCACCCUGCCCAAAACAUCCUCCCCGGACCACAAACUCCCCGCCAUCCUCCUCGUCCCUGGCUCCGGCCCCAUCGACCGCGACGAAACCGGCGGCGGAGGCAAAUGCUUCAAAGACCUCGCCCACGGCCUCUCCUCCUCAAAUCUCAUCACCCUACGCAUGGACAAACCCACCACCAUCAUCCUUCUCAAGCAACUGCUCACCAAAACCCUCACCCUCGAAGAUGAAUACAUCCACCCAGGACUCGCCGCCCUCCGCUACCUCGCCUCACACCCCAACGUCGACCCUACCAGAAUCUUCAUUCUAGGGCACAGCCUGGGAGGGCUGGUCGCGCCCCGUCUCUGCCGCGCAGCCGCCCAAGCUAAUCCUCGACUCCCCAUCGCCGGCCUGAUCUGCUGCGCCCCUUCAACCCGCAGUCUCGCCCAAAUCAUCGCGCGCCAAAUGCGGCAUUUGAACACGCACUUCCCCCGCGCCGACCCCGCACAGCACGACAAAGAAAUGGCGCAGUAUGAAGCCGUCAGCCGACUCUUCGACACUACCGGUGGCGUGCUGGGUCCAGGCGACGCCGACCCGACGAAAGAUCUCGCUGUCCCGCUGCCCCUGAGCUAUCUCAGGGAUAUCUGGGAGAACGACCCGAUUGCGAUCGCGAAGGAAUUAGACGUGCCUCUGUUGGUUGUGCAGGGGAAGGCGGACUGGCAGGUCACUGUGGCGGAUGAGUAUACUGCGUGGAGGGAGGGCCUGGAGGGUUCGAAGGCGAAGGAGAGGAUGGAGUGGAAGUUGUAUGAUGGGGUGGGACAUAUGUUGGGCGAGGUGGAUGCGGUGGGCAAGGUCGGGAAUUUCCAGUAUGCGGAGCCGUGGAACGUUAAGGAGGAGGUGGUGAGGGAUAUUGGGGGUUUUGUGAGGCAGGUCAGUGGGAUUGGCGUAGAAGGGGAACAGUAG